AUGUUAGGAUGGUCAGAUAUUCGAUGGGACUCACGAUGGAGUUCAAUUCAUGCUAUUAUGGUCAAUUAUGAAUCAAUUGUUGUUGCACUUAAAGAUCUUAUUGACGAAGAUGGUCAUCGUUCUAUUGAUGCAAGAGGUAUAUUAUCGGCUAUACAAGAGCCAGUUUUUAUUGUUAUUAUGUUCGCAUUAAAUAAAUUAUUUGGAUCAAUCAAAAUUUUGUCGGAUCAGUUGAAAGGUGAAUCAAUUGAUUAUGCUGAAAGUCAACAGUUGAUUACAUCAGUAAUUGAACAAAUUGAAUGUGAUCGAAAUGAGAAAUCAUAUAAAACGAUGUACUUUAAUAUCUUGAAUUUUGCAGAAAAGUAUGAUAUUGAUAUGAAUCAAAAAUCAAAACAGAAACGACCAAAAAUAAUACCAACUCGUUUUAAAGAUACCUUUUUGACAAGUACAAUAGGACAUCGAACAGAAAUUAUAAAUGAAGAUGAUUAUCGUGAUAUAAUAUAUAUUAUCCAUUAA